AUGGGUGGAGGACUUGUAGCAGCAGAUGAUUUCACAGCCGAUGCUUUAGAUGAUGAUUUUUCGGAGUUUGUAACGGUGUCGGAAUCUGGUACUGAGGUUCAGGUUACUUGUGACUCAGGUUUACAGCUGAAAUCUGAAAAUCUUCUAGCAGAUGAUUCAACAUUUGAUCCUGCAGAGCUGCCAGUGGAGUCAGAAUCUUUACCAGAAUAUGGAUCUGUUCCCGAGGUGAACAGUGAUUUGGGUCUACAGCAGAAACCUUCAAGAAUCCUACUUCUGGUCGGGCGUUCAGGGAACGGUAAAAGCGUGACCGGUAAUAGCAUUCUUGGUAAAAAAGCCUUCGAGUCAAGCUGGUGUGCGUCAGGUGUAACUACAUCCUGUGUGCUACAGAGUUCGACGCUACCAAAUGGCCAGAUCCUCAAUGUUAUUGAUACUCCUGGGCUGUUUAGUCUGUCUCCAUCAACGGAAUUUACUUGCAAAGAGAUUUUGAAUUGCUUGCGUCUGUCCAAAGAAGGGAUUGAUGCGGUUCUUGUGGUAUAUUCCUUGAGGAACAGGCUAACCGAAGAGGAGAGAUCUUCCCUUUUUGCGUUGAAGAUCUUUUUUGGAAGCGAAAUUGUAGACUACAUGAUUGUUGUUUUCACAAACGAAGAUGCAUUUGAGGAAGGCGGUGGUACAUUGGAUGCAUAUUUGAAAAACUGCCCUGAUUUCAAUGAAAUUCUUGAGGCAUGCAAUGACCGCAAGGUGUUGUUUAGAAACAGAGAAAAUGCUCCUGAGAGUCAGAAAGCUAAGCAAGUCCAGGAUCUCCUUAACUAUGUUGAAGAAAUUGCUAGUAAGAAUGGGAAGCCAUAUAUGAAUGAUUUAUCUCAUGAGAUACAGGAAAACGAGAUUUCAUUCCAGGAAAAGCAGAGAAAGAUUUUGGAAAUGAAGAAGGGCAGCUUCACUGAACAAGAUAUGUCUCAAAUGAUGGAAAAUAUGAAGAAGUCUUGUGAAAGUCAGCUGCUCAAUGAAAUGGUGGAGAGGGUGGAGAGUAAGCUUAAAGAGACAAUAAAAAAUCUUGAGCAGCAACUGAAUGAAGAGCGAGCUGCGAGACUUGAAUUGGAGAAGAAAGCAAACCAAGUCGAGAAACAUUCAAGUGAUGUAGCUAGGAAGCUGAACGAGGAGCAAGCUGCAAGACUUGAAUUCGAGAAAGAAGCAAACGAAGGCAAGAAACAUUCAAGUGAUGAAGCUAAGAAGCUGAGGGAGGAUCUAAAGAGGGCUGAAAAUAUGGCUCGGGAACUUCAAGAAAAGGCCAAGCAGUGCAUCAUCCUGUGA